AUGGAAAAUCAAGAUUUUUAUAACUUCUUUGCGGGCAAUGGAAUGACAACAGCACAGAACCCUGCCAAUAUUGUUCAGAACGUCAAUAUGGAGAAUGAAUUGGGAAUAAAGCAAAAACCACCCAAGCUGAUGAAUCUUGAUGAAUAUGCAGGAUGGUCUGGGAGAUUUAAAAACUGGGUUCAAGCUAAUCACUUUGAAUGCUGGAUGAAGAUUGAGAAGAAGUAUGUUCCACCGAUAGAUGUUUUGGGUUUGGAGAAGGGAAUUGGUAGUUUGACGCAAACAGAACAGGAUGACUUCAAAGCCGAGAAAAAGAUGAAAAGUAUUCUCCAGCAGGCAAUCAAAGAGGAUAUUUUGGUGUUGUUGCAGCAUGAGGAUAAUGCACAAUCUAUGUGGCAUUCGUUGCAAUUAAAAUUUCAAGGGAGCAUGUCCAUGAUCAAGAGCAAAAAGGCUUUGAUAAAGAAAGAAUUUGACAUCUUCACUGGUAUGAAAGGUGAAACUACAAAACAACUGAUUGAAAGAUAUUGCCAUUUAGUAGUGGAGAUGAAGAGAUUGGCAAUAACCAAGACCAAUGAGGAGUGGACCGAUAAAUUGGCCGAUGCAUUGCCAUAUGAUGAGUGGGGUACUUAUUUGAUGAUGUUGAAAAACAAUUCAGAUUUUGUGAAUUUGAAUCUUAGUUCGUUCAUUGAAAAGAUCGAAGCACAUGAGUUAGAGCUGAUAAAGAUUAAAAAGAUGAACUCUGUAAAUGUUCAACAGGAUGUGUCUCUUUAUUACAAAGGCAGCACUCCAGCAACUACAAAUCUGAGCCCGAAGAUUCAAACAGGGUUUAGUGCAGACACAACAUCAGGUGCUUCGUCGAGUACUCCAAUCAACAACAAGCCUUCACCUUUUGUCAGCUACGAGCCAAAUUUCAAAGCUUCUGAACAGCCGUCACCUCAAAGCUCGUCUAGCUCGGACAAUCAGGCAUAUGUUUCUAGGAUCCAGCCAAUCAUCAAGAAAAAGAAGAGGGGCAGGAAAGCUACUCCUAAAGUACAAAUAGAAGAGGGUUCGUCUUCUCAACCCAAAAAGCGUCAAAAGAAAGCUGCUAAAACACUGCUUAUUGAUGAACCAGAUGAAGAAGAACCAGUUGCAAAUGUUGAAGAAAAUCAGGAUUCUGAUAUGGAUGAAGUGUUAAAAAACAUUGAUUAUGAAUUAGAAUCAGAGAAAGUAGCUGAUGAAGGUGUUGGUGCUGACAAAGGUGAUAAGAGUUCUUCGAGUUCAUCUGAUGAAGAAAUUGAUGAGAUAGAGCGUGAAAAGAGAAUUCAAGCUGAGAUUGCUAAAGAAAAGCAGCUGAGAAAAAGGAGAAGAGAGGAAAAAGAAGAUGAUGUGUAUAUUCCAUCACCUGAGGAAGUAAUAGAAUCUCAAACGCCUCCUUCUGGUGGAAGAAAGAAAACUGGUGCAAGAAAGAGAGUUGUUACUCCAAAGAUGAAAAAGACAUUGAAGAUCUUGCUGAACAAGAAACCUACCCAAGAACCCAGUAAACCACCAUCACCACCAUCUGAACCAUCAACACCAAAAUCACCACAUCCAUCACCACCAAAAUCACCACAACAAUCACCACCAAGACAACCAUCUCCUAUCCGGUCACCACCACAUCUAUCUCCACCACAUAUUCAUAUGUUUCACCACCACAUGAACAACCUUUCCUUACAUCUCAAGAAAUUUUCAAAACACCACCACCCACUCAAUCACAAGUACAAUUAA